CCUCGCCUGGAGGCGCGCGCGGCCCCUUUAAGGCGCGGGGCAUUGUGGGUGCGGGGAGUGGAAUUUUGGAACGAAAUGUAACGAAGAGAAGUACAGUAGUAAGAGUAACACUGUAGCCGCCACCGGCAAGGGGUGCGCGCCGGGGAGCGGACGCUGCAUCCCCUUUCUGCCGCAGGGACCUCUCAUCAGACCGCCUGAGGGAAGCGGCGCCCGGAGACCCGCCCCGGCCCGGUCCACAUUCUCCCCAGGAAGCCGGACUCUAUGGGGCGGGACCCUGGGGGAGCCUGAGCCGAGCCCGGAGCCAGCCCCGAACCCCUGAACCUCCAGCCAGGGGCGCCCCGGGAGCAGCCAGCCCGUGGGCGAGCCGCCCGCCCGCCGAGCAGCCAUGAGUGAGACGGUCAUCUGUUCCAGCCGGGCCACUGUGAUGCUUUAUGAUGAUGGCAACAAGCGAUGGCUCCCUGCUGGCACAGGUCCCCAGGCCUUCAGCCGCGUCCAGAUCUACCACAACCCCACGGCCAAUUCCUUUCGCGUCGUGGGCCGGAAGAUGCAGCCCGACCAGCAGGUGGUCAUCAACUGUGCCAUCGUCCGGGGCGUCAAGUAUAAUCAGGCCACCCCCAACUUCCAUCAGUGGCGCGACGCUCGCCAGGUCUGGGGCCUCAACUUCGGCAGCAAGGAGGAUGCGGCCCAGUUUGCCGCCGGCAUGGCUAGUGCCCUAGAGGCAUUGGAAGGAGGUGGGCCCCCUCCACCCCCAGCACUUCCCACCUGGUCGGUCCCGAACGGCCCCUCCCCGGAGGAGGUGGAGCAGCAGAAAAGGCAGCAGCCCGGCCCCUCGGAGCACAUAGAGCGCCGGGUCUCCAAUGCAGGAGGCCCACCUGCUCCCCCCGCUGGGGGUCCACCCCCACCACCAGGACCUCCCCCUCCUCCAGGUCCCCCCCCCCCCCCAGGUUUGCCCCCCUCGGGGGUCCCAGCUGCAGCGCACGGAGUAGGGGGAGGACCACCCCCUGCACCCCCUCUCCCGGCAGCACAGGGCCCUGGUGGUGGGGGAGCUGGGGCCCCAGGCCUGGCCGCAGCUAUUGCUGGAGCCAAACUCAGGAAAGUCAGCAAGCAGGAGGAGGCCUCAGGGGGGCCCACAGCCCCCAAAGCUGAGAGCGGUCGAAGCGGAGGUGGGGGACUCAUGGAAGAGAUGAACGCCAUGCUGGCCCGGAGAAGGAAAGCCACGCAGGUUGGGGAGAAAACCCCCAAGGAUGAAUCUGCCAAUGAGGAGCCAGAGGCCAGAGUCCCGGCCCAGAGUGAAUCUGUGCGGAGACCCUGGGAGAAGAACAGCACAACCUUGCCAAGGAUGAAGUCAUCUUCUUCGGUGACCACUUCCGAGACCCAACCCUGCACGCCCAGCUCCAGUGAUAACUUGGACCUACAGAGGGUGAAACAGGAGCUUCUGGAAGAGGUGAAGAAGGAAUUGCAGAAAGUGAAAGAGGAAAUCAUUGAAGCCUUCGUCCAGGAGCUGAGGAAGCGGGGUUCUCCCUGACCACAGGGACCCAGAAGACCCGUUUCUCCUGUCCACACACCCUGCCUGUCACCCUGCUUUCCCUGCCUCUACUUGACUUGGCUGAAGACUACACAGGAAUGCAUCGUUCCCACUCCCCAUCCCACUUGGAAAACUCCAAGGGGGUGUGGCUUCCCUGCUCACACCCACACUGGCUGCUGAUUAGCUGGGGAGGCCCCCGCCCUUUUCUCCCUUAGGUCCUUCCCCUCUGCCAUCCCCUUGGGGCCGGUCCCUCUGCUGGGGAUGCACCAAUGAACCCCACAGGAAGGGGGAAGGAAGGAGGGAAUUUCACAUUCCCUUGUUCUAGAUUCACUUUAACGCUUAAUGCCUUCAAAGUUUUGUUUUUUUAAGAAAAAAAAAAAUAUAUAUAUAUAUAUAUGUGGGUUUUGGGGGAAAAGGGAAAUUUUUUUUCUCUUUGGUUUUGAUAAAAUGGGGUGUGGGAGUUUUUAAAUGCUAUAGCCCCGGGCUUGCCCCAUUUGGGGCAGCUAUUUAAGGGGAAGGGAUGUCUCACCAGGCUGGGGGUGAGAUAUCCCCCCACCCCAGGGACUCCCCUUCCCUCUGGCUCCUCCCCCUUUUCUAUGAGGAAAUAAGAUGCUGUAACUUUUUGGAACCUCAGUUUUUUUAUUUUUUAUUUGGGUAGGUUUUGGGGUCCAGGCCAUUUUUUUUACCCCUUGGAGGAAAUAAGAUGAGGGAGAAAGGAAAAGGGGAGGAAACUUCUCCCCUCCCACCUUCACCUUUAGCUUCUUGAAAAUGGGCCCCUGCAGAAUAAAUCUGCCAGUUUUUAUAAAUGCUAA